GAUAAAGAACUGUGUGAGUUAUGGCCACUUUCUUUGGGCUUAUGAGUUCUCGAGGGUUUCUUUGGUUGCAACUGGCCAUUUUCAUAUGGCAAGCCAUACGACCAGCUGCAACAAUGAGGGUGCCAUGGGCAUUGUUUAGUACCGCUGUCUAUAAGAUCUUUCGAGGGAAAAAGUUUGACAACGAGCAUUUCAUCUUGCUGUCAACAGAUCACAACGAAACAGCUGAUUCUGACCUCUUCUGUAAAAGCUACUACAAAGACAAGAACCCUCUUACCCAAGAUUUUACAGAGACUAGCUUGGUUAAAAGACUUACGCAGCUACCAUUUGAUAACAUUGAUACAACCAGAGGAGAAUUCCACUUCAAAACGAAAGCUUUCAGGGUUGAAAUAACCAAAGAGCCAAGUAACAAUGAACUAGUAAAGUUUAAGCUAGAGUUGAAGGAAGUACUGUAUGACCUUGUAAAGGCCUCAUUCACAAUGACCCAAGAUUCUUUCAAAAGUUACAUUGGCUGCUGGAAGUUAUUAGAGGAGGGCUCUGCAGGCUUGGUUCGAGCAGUUGAGAAAGGUAUGCUUAUUAAAAACAUUAAUUUGUUUGGUUUCGAGGAGACCAUCAACCUUUUCUGGGGAAGCCAGGUGAAUGUUUAUGAAGUUGAAGUUGAACAAGAGUACCGAUAUUUGGUUGCUGGUAACAACAAUAAAAACUUAUAUCAAGUUUGAUAGAAUGGAAUCCUUACUGCAGCUGACUAUCGCAAGGAAAUGUGGGUGGUGGCAGAGACAAAGCAGCAGUAGUUUCUUGUUUGCAGUAGAACAAAGAUGGACAAAGUCAGGUCAGUUCAGUUGUGUUUAUGUUUAGGGCUGCAGUUAUUCUGGCUCUAAAACGGACUUUUCAUAGUCUGAUAGCUAUGUGUUAGUCAAUCACAGUCCUUUAUUAUUGUUUUGGAACCAGAAUAGACGCAUCCUGUGUUUAACUGUGAUCAGAUAGUUUUCAUUAGCAUCUCAACAUAUGUUUUUAUUUCAAGGUCUAGUACUAUAUGGUCAGUUGAACUAGCUUGGUGUUCUGUGCACUGUGUUUUCUUCAAAUUUGUGAAGAUAUUUCAUAUUGGACAAAAAGGAAAUGCAUCAGUUGAUUUAUGCUGUUGGAAAUAGUUCCUAUGAUCAAUAUAAAAUUAAUGUGCUAUUUAAAUUAGUUUUACAAGGCCUAUUAUCCGGCCUAUCCAUGGCUAUUCUUCA